UUAUGAAAAAUUAUGGAUUCAAACUUUGCCAUGUGGAAAGAAGAGCUCGUACAUGUACCCGUAGGGGUUGUGGUAAAGUCAUAGAAUCUCAUGAACCGGAAGAUCAGUAUGGUAGUCGUUAUAAGGGUAAAAUGGAUUUAGCUGAUGCGUUGGUGGUUCAGUCCAUGUUCUUCUAUCGCAUGGAUGUUGGCACGCCAGCUAAUAUGCUCGUCCUAUCGAGUGAUCCCGAUUUUGCAACUACGGUUGCUACGUUGAAGUCGAGAGGAGUUACAGUCUUUGUUGCAGCAGAACAAGAUGCUAACCCUAUUCUUCUUCGAAGUGGAGAUGCUGGCUGGUACUGGUCUAAAUUGAUUAAUGGAGAGGGCUCUGAUUUCUGAUCUCUGAAGAAGAGAAAUUUGAUCGGGUAAUAGUUAUGCUUUAGUUAUUACUUUAGAUUUUAGUUAACGUAUAGGUUUAUUAGGUACUUCUUGAAAGUGUAGGACUGGUUCGUGUCUGGUCUCUUAAGAAGUGUUCAAGAAGUAGAGCUCUUCCUAGAUAUACAUAAAUUCAAUGCUUUCUCUUAGUUAUGGACCUAUGGUUAUCAAAAUGGUUUAAGGUUCCUUUUAUAUGUGAUUUCUGUUUCGGAUUUCCUUGAUCGUGUUUGAGUUAUUUUCAUCUUGUUCUUCCGGUUA